GUGUCGUCACGUGUCAGAUCAUGUGACAAAGAAGAGAGGCGAGACCCAACAAAACACGGAACACAAGUCGGUCGUUUUAAACCUCAUCCGUCCAUCGAGUAACGAGGUCAACGCGGCCUUGUUACAGGCAGUGUGUUAGGCUCAGAGGUCAGAGGUCAUGUCGUCUGCCGUCGAGAGGACGGACGAGCUGGUCAGGGAGUACCUGACGUACCGCGGCUUCAGCUCCGCCCUAAGACACCUGGACACGGAGAUCAAAGCGGACCGCGAGCGAGGCCUCAGGGUGGAUCGUAUCGUGGAGCAACUGCUCCAGCUGGUCUUGACCUUUGACCUGUCAGCUCUGCGUGACUACUGGGGUCACCUGGAGCGCCGCCUGUUCUCCCGCCUGCAGGAGGGCUACGCGCCUGCCGUCGCUAAGCUAACCACUAGCCUGUACCGCUACUAUGUUGUCAACGCCAUACAGAAAGGGAACCAGGAAAGGACCCAGGAGUUUUUUCAGCGAAUGGGGGCGGAGCUUCAGGGGGCCGCGGAGUGGCGUGAUUGGUUCGCUCUCCCCUUCAUCUUUGCGCCUGAGCAGAACCCCACCUUCGCGCUGUACUUUUCCCGCCAGUGGACUGACACCUUCCUGGUGUCCCUGCACAACUUCCUGUCCGCACUAUUCCAGUGCAUGCCCCAGCCAGCGCUGCUGAGCUUCGACGCCGAGCUACAGCACACCACCAUGCUAGCAGAGGAAAAUCAGCAGCUACGACAGAUGUUGUUUGCGCAGCAGAGCUCGGGCCGUGCGGCCGUCCAGGAUCCCCAGGGGGCGAUGGAGAGCCGGGUCCAACACAAGCUGCCGCCCUACGUCCAGCACAUGGACCGCCUCGGAGACAGCGAGCUAGACUUAAUUUCGAGCCAGCGAGCUGCAUCGCUAGCUAGCGGCGUUAGCUCUGUAGCGGCAGCUAGCCCCUCCUCCCGGAACUUCUUCUCUACGUUCCUACCGCAGGCUAAGCGCAGCAGCAUCCCGGCCAGGAACUCCCAGCAUGGCCCCGCCUCCUCUUCCUCCUCACCCAAUCAGAGCAGCCUGGGCCGGAAGGAGCCCUGCACAGCCAAUCAGGGAACAAAGUCCAAGGAUCCAGCAUCAGUCAAGGACUCCAAGUCCACCUCGUCGGCCAAUCAACAACCAGCGCCCAGCGACCAGGCGGGCCAGUCCUACCCCAGACAGAGACGCCAUCAGGACCACGAGAAGGAACGCAAGGAGCUGUUCUCCAAACCACCCCCACUGACGGCCGACGCAGGCGAGGCCGAUGCUGUGGACUCCGCCCCCUGCGAUGACACGCCUCCUGACUCCUCCUCUUCCUCAACCACCAGAGGGGCGGGGCUUGAGACGGAAGGGGGCGGGGCUUCCUCUGAGCCUCCCUUCAUCAAGUUGAGCCAAGAAGAGUACAGCGAACACCACUCCUCCAUCAUGCACUGCAGGGUUGAUGUUUCAGGUCGUCGGGUGGCUAGCUUGGACGUGGACGGUGUUGUCAAGGUGUGGUCAUUUAACCCCAUCAUGCAGACCAAAGCGACCAUAAUGUCCAAGUUUCCUUUGCUGUCUCUAGAAUGGGCGAGCAAGCCUGACCGACUACUGUUAUUAGGCAGCGCUGUUGGAACCGUUAGACUUUACGACACGGAAGCAAAGAAGAAUCUUUAUGAGAUGACCAUUGACGACACACACCCUCGUAUCCUGUCACUCGCCUGCAGCCCGAGUGGCUCGUCGUUCGUCUGCUCCGCUGCGACAGCAGCAUCCGCUGGUGUUCCCGCCACUGGGCCCCGUCCCUCUGUAUCCACGGCGACCGGCCGCCUGUUGCUCUGGGAUACCAAGACUGUCAAACAGCAGUUGUCAUUAGAUUCCGAGACUGCAGCCAUCAACUGCUCAUCGUUCAACCACAACGGAAACCUGCUUGUGAGUGGAGGAGCUGACGGCGUCAUACGACUGUUUGACAUGCAGCGGUGUGAGAGUGCUAUGAGCUGGAAAGCUCACGAUGGAGAGGUGUAUAGCGUGGAGUUCAGCUACGACGAGAACACCGUCUACAGUGUAGGAGAGGACCGCAAGUUUGUCCAGUGGAACAUCCACCGCUGUGGCGUGAAGCAGUCGGAGCAGCAGCUUUCCCAGGAUGCAACAGGGCCCUUUGUUCUGUCGGGCUAUAGUGGAUACAAGCAGGUCCAGGUCCCGAGGGGUCGUCUCUUCGCCUUCGACUCGGAGGGGCGCCACGUGUUGACGUGUUCGGCUCAUGGGGGGCUGAUCUACAAGCUGACCAAUGGCGAGGCUGGGGGAGGGGCCCUGGAGGAGCAGGCAUCCCUGUCGCUAGGCGGACACCGGUCGCCCGUGGUGACGCUGGACUGGAGCUCAGCGCUGGACUGUGGCACCUGCCUCACAGCCUCCAUGGACGGCCGCAUCCGAGUGAGCACACUCCUGGCCCACAAGUCUGACUGACUUGGCAUGGUUAGCAUUAGCAUUAGCAUGGUAUGCCUUAUCAUGCGCAGCACACUCCUUAGCCCUCAAGAUUGGCUGACUCGGCAUUAGAAUGCUAAGCAUUAGCCUAGUUAGCAUUCUGCAAGCCCUGCCAAGCUCUUUCUGCCUGUCUUAACUAGCAUCAGCAAGAAUAUGUACCCUAGACAGCCCCUGGUGUCAUGGGCAGUGGCAUCAUUGUUGCCCUAAAGUCUGAAAAAUAUGAAUAAAUAAAUCUGAAGACAGCAGUGGAAGUGUUUCUUUUUGGUUGUCCAUAUAAGGUCAUUUUUAGUUUGAAUCCAACCAACAGGAGUCAAACUAAAAACGAGCUCCGCCCCUACCUCCCUAUAUGGUCAUAAAGAUUUAGAAAAACAAAGUUUAGCUGCUUUCUUCUCUUUAAGGUGUUUUUUAGCCUGACCACUACCUUUAGUUUCUACAGAUAUACUUAACUGAACUAUGGUAAGUACAGAUGUAUUUUAUCACCACUAACAAGGCCAAAAGUAAUGCAAAUGUUUAAAUUUAGUUUUAUUGUUGUACAAUUGUCCAAAGGGGUGGUCGCUUGUAUUCAGUUAUAAUGCAGCACAAAAUGACUAGCGUUAAAAUGAACAAAGAAAGCGCCAAAAACAGUUGCUGAAACUCUGCCACCUGUACAAGUUUGUCUUGUGACAAGGUGAUGUAUAUAAACAAAGGUUAAAGCAGAUUAACAAUAGCAAAACCAAAAGACGUAUGCAAUACAAUAUAUAUUGAUUGUUCUCAUUUAUUUACAGCUGUCCAAAAUGGCCACAUGUACAAGAUUCCCUUCAGGAAACAAACUGUCAAAAUGGUGUUAAAAAGGGCGCAGGGUCAGGAGGAGUCAAAACACUGAUGUCAUUGUCCAGGUGUGAGCUUGUUCCAGACGUACAAGGGUCAAUAACCAAUAGGAAAACGCAUGGCCUCAAAAAAUACCUCACUGCAACCACGGACACCAACAGCCCUGCAUCACUCAACCAUGCUUUUCACCUCCAAUUAAAAGAUUCUUCAUUAUUUUAGUUUAUUUUUUUUUAAAUGUAUGUUUUCAUGACAAGUUAGAAAGCAAAGCGAUGGAUGGACUGAUGAUCAAAUAAACAUUGAGAAAUAUAACCAAGCUUUGACGUCAUUGUAUUAUGUCACAAAAUCACGUCAUCUGGUUGUAACAGUAAUGAAAACAAGUCCUAUCUUUUUUUUUUUGCUUUCUUUUCCUGUUCUCUCUGAAAUUGUCUGUCAUAAAGUCCUGUCUGAUCUGGUUAGAUCUUAUCUAAUGUCCAUCCAACAGGAAGUCAGAAACCCUGAAAACAAAAGUAAAAGCCUCUUCAUCUUCCUCUGCUGGGGUCGGUGUAACUAUGCACUGCCGUUGCCGGUAGCGACCACCUUUGUUGUCUCCUCAUCCUCAUCCUCAUCUUCGUCACUUGAUCCAUCCUCCCCCUCCUGGAUUUGUAAAAU